CCCCUCGGUAUGUUCGCCAUUCUUUCCUCCUUCGUCUUCUCGCCUCGCCCUUCGACGCUCGUUGACGGACGCUUGGCUCCCAUCUUCGUGUCCAUCCUGGUUCCUGUUUCGUCCACCCAGCAUUUGCCGUAUUUCUUGCAUAUUUCUUUUCCAUUCUGCCAUGCUCCUUUCGCUAGUCCUCCUCUCCUAGGUAUUGUCUUUUCCUUCCUUCACGCUUAUCCUCCCUUUGAUUCUAUUCUCCAAAGCGGUAGCUUGCCCACCGUCUUGCUCUGCCUUUAAUUGGAUACGGUAGGUCCCUCCCAAGCGUAUCCGGCGGGUCGGACCAAUUGUUAGGUUCCUUAGUUUGAAACCUAACUAAAACAAUCACUCACACACUCACAAUCGAGAAUUAACACUGUAAAAAAGAAUGGUUUAUGUAUUGAUACUGAAAGAAAGUACACAGAUAGCGCUAAUGGAGGCCUAAUCCCUCUCUUAGCCCUAAUGGAGGCCUAAUCCCCCUCACAAGGUCCAAGACCUGUCUAUACAAAAGAAUACUCAAAGGUGUCCUCUCUACUAGACCCCCCUUGCCUUCUUAUAGCGGCAACCCACUUCUAACUACCCAACGCAAUUAAUUCCUAAACUGUUUUCUCUCCCCUGCAUCUAUUACGUAUUAUAACCUCUCAUAUUAGAUCCUAUCAGUUUUGGUGUCAUGUCAAUUAUCAAGGAUUAAGAGGUUAAGCUAUUAUGCGUGCUUAAGAGUGAAUUUUUACAAUAUACAGAAUACCUUAAUGCAAUAAUGUACUCUGAAAAUCAAUGUUAUAUGAGUACAAUGCUGUUUAGUUGCUUGCAGAUCCAUGUAAAAGACUUGCUGAAGUAUUUUGAUGUGAUGAAGGAGGUGCUUUUUUGUUAUUAAUCUUACAUGUGGAGCAUUAUGCAUCCUAAAGUGUUCCAUGGAUGUAAAAUAUCCAUAUUCUUUUUCAACAAUUCUACUCUGCUAAGGCCCCAUUUCAAUUAUUGCAGUACUCUAAUAAAGCAGGAUGUAUCAAGUCAAGUACUUUUGUUGAAGCCAUGCUUUUUCCAUUUAUUUUAUUGUUUGAUGGGAAGAGUGGAAUUGCUCGUCCAUGCAACGCUUCUUGGGACAAGACAAAGGAACUUUCAAAAUCUUGUCUGAGUGGUAAUAAUGAAUAUAAAUUUUCCAAUAAGAGGCAGAAACUUGUUAAGGAAUCAGUAAGUUCAUCAAAGGAAGAAUUUCACACUUCCAUAUAUGAGCUGAGUGCUUGUUCUAAUUCUUCCAGGAAACCAGAAGAGAACAGAAAAUGUGUCAACAUGAGAUCUUCUCAUGAUUUAUCUUGUCUGGUUACUUUUAAAAGCCUCCAAAGUGAGAAUGAGGUUUGCCCAGCUAUCUUGCGUUCUGCGUUACCUAUGAAAGAUGCAAGCUUAAAUUCAAAACCUUCUUCAAGGAAAAUUUUGCUAGAGUUCUCAUCAGAUAGAUUUUUAAAGUACCAGUUGUUGCAGAUUGGUGAUUAUUACAUCAUAGAUAAUAAGAGAAGGGAUAUCUCUGGAAGUACAAAAGAUGUUGACUUUGGUAGGAGUGACAGUGUUAAAUUACUUAUUGAUUCCGGAAAACGUAUUUGGAGCCUUUCAUUUAUUUAUGAUGAGAACCUUUCUGAUCAUCUAUCAGAAUAUACAUCUGCAAAAGAUUCUUUAUCUCCUUCGGCUGAUGGAGUUUCAUCUAAUCAUCAAAAACUUCUGCGGAGGUCCAAUAGUGAACCUUCCAGUGUCAGUUCAGAUGUUUGCCUAUAUCUCCCCAUCAGUCUUGCAGAUGUCUUUGAGGAUAAUGUUAUGGAAUUGGAAGAUAGUCGAAGCUUGCAGUCUGUAAUAUCAGAAGACAGUGCUAACCUUUCUUUAGGUACUGGGACUUCAGAGGAUAGACCUAAAUCUUGUUUUGGAACUCAGAGAUCAAACAGCCUGUUCCCUGAGGGCAAUUUGAUGUCUCUUGAGGGGAAUGUGAUUGAAAUUCAUAAAACUGGCUCUGGUUUCUUCAGUUCAUGCUCAAGUGGUGCAAACGUUGAUUCUCUUCAGUUGAUAGGUCUCGUUGGGACUAGAAGCAAUUUCUGCAUUCACGUUUUAGUGCAUCACCAUAUUGUGAAUAUUUGUGGUUCUGUAAAUAAACAUACUUUCCCUACUGGAUUUGGACCUGGUGUAACUGCAGUAUUUCAUCGAAUUCUCUAUGCAAGGGCACAAAAUAAAUUUAUGUUGCUGCCUGUGUCAUUUAUUGUAAUAAAAUCCAUAAAAGUAUGUGAUAAACAAUGCGGUGACAGGCCCUCUGUUUUAAGCUCUACUAAAGAUGCCGAUGAUGCAUCUCGAGAGUAUAUCUCUUGUUUGAUCUCUGAAUUGCCUCAGGGCUUGACCCUCAAGAUAAUAGUGCUUGUGGUUGCAGUCCUUGUUUUAGUUAUAGAGAGAAAGACCACAAAUUUUAUUGCAGAAACAAAAGUUAAUGCUCAAGGGACUCUUUUGGACAUUCCACUUGCUUGUUUUUUGUUGGAAGAUGGAUCAUCAUCAUGUUGUUGCUGGGCUAGUGCUGAAAGGGCAGCAACUUUGUUGAGACUACGUGAAGAACUAACCACAUCCCAUCAUCUAGGGAGAAUUUUGAAAAAGCACAAAAAAAUUACAGUGAAAAGCCAUGGAUUAUCUGUUGAUUCUCCUUGCCAAGAUCAUAUUUUUACAGUUGCUUCUGGGAAUGCUCUUUGCAGUUCCGACGAAAACAUCCUCAAGUUCAUUUUAUGCAAUGCAUGCAUCGGAGGAAUAUGGAAUGUUGUUGCUGGUGGGAUGGAUGCAGAGGAAACAAGACAGUUGGGAGAGGAAUACCUCACAGAAAUGCUGAAUGUGCAUAACAUGCGGAAUAUGUGGGCUGAAGAAGUCUCUUACCCACGCACUCGGGCUGAAGCAAGACAUAUGAUUCAGGAACUUCUGAAAAAUUAAUGCCUAUGGUCAGACAUGUAUUUCUAUGUAAAAAUUAGCAGAAGUAGCAUGCUGAAAUAGGUCUUGUAAUUAGAUCGUGUUCGGUCGACCUCUUCUGGGCUUCUCUUUUAUGUAAAAAAAAAAAAGAUAUACCAAACAUUUUUUGAAAAACUUGUUAGAGUUUAGUUUCAUCUAUAUAA